UGUAGCACCUACUAGUAGCAAAGUCCCAUGGUUUUUAGUUUAGGCCCUCUGACUUGAAUGAAAAGUUAUUUUCAGGCUAGAAGCCUAACUUGAGAAUUAUAACAUAUUCUCUGGUGCUCUUGAGUAAAUACAGUCCUUGGAACAAGGAGGGGAAAGGUCGCAGUGCAAAGGGCAUGUACACACCACAUGUACAGAGCUGCGGGGGAUGAAGAAAUAGCCGGCAGGCAGGUUAAUGCACCCUCGAUCCUAAAAUUCGCCUUUGAGACGACAUUUGAGGCGAUCAUUGGAGUUAGACUUUCAUCGCACAUGCGCCUUAACUGUGUUAGAGUCACACAGACUGACCUGCCUGCCGACCUACAGCAGGAUGGUGACAGAAUUGCUAGGCGUUUGUUUGGCCGUAGUCUUAGUCUUCGUGCUUCUACAGGUCACAACAAGGCGUAGGAGACCUGGUGAGCCUCCCCUGGAGCCGGGGCCUCUCCCGUACCUAGGCGUCGCCUUGGAGUUUUCCCGAAACCCCCUGGGCUUCAUCACCUCCCGCUGGAGGAAAUAUGGCGACGUGUUCACCGUGCGGCUGGCCGGCCACUACACCACCUUCGUCCUGGACCCGCACUCAUUCACUCACGCCAUCCGGAACAGCAGGGGUCUGGACUUCCGACUAUUUUCGUCCAAGAUAGCUCAUCGCGCCUUCGGGGUGCCUAUAUUCUAUGGUACACCCCGCGACUGGGUCCGAGCCGACAGUGAUGCGCUAUGGCCAAAGGAAUUACAGGGGCAGGGACUGGAUAAGGUCACAGAGGUGAUGAUGAGCAACCUGCAGUCCGCUAUGUUAGCCGCUACAGAUGUCACGGUGGAGUGGAACAAAGGAGAGCUGUGGUCUUUUGUCUACAGGAUCAUAUUUAGCGCAUCUUACAAGACGCUGUUCGGGAGACACAAAGAAGAAAAAGACGAGACAGCACUGCUGCUGCACGCCAUGGAGGAAUUCCAGAAGUACGACAAGAGGUUCCCAGAGAUCAUCUCCAACGUACCGUGGUGGCUCAUGGGACACACCAAGAAACGAUAUGAAUAUCUGAAGUCCAUGGUAUCUCCAGCUGGGCUCGGACAACGUGGCGUCUCUGACUUCAUCCGGAUGAGACAGGAGAUCUACGCCGACGCAAAUCUGACUCCGGACGAAAUAACGGCUUGUAACUUUGCAACCAUGUGGGCUUCGUUGAGUAACACCGUCCCUGCCGCCUUCUGGACCUUGUUCUACCUCCUGAAGGAUCCUGUCGCCAUGGCUGCCGUUAGGGCGGAAGUGGACCAGAUUUUGAAGGAAACUGGACAGAGUUUGGAAACUAUGAAGGAAGCAGGCAAGAUGAUCCACGUGACGAGGGAGCAGCUGAACGACAUGAAAUGCUUAGGUAGUGCCAUCAACGAGUCAUUGCGCAUGUGCAGUGCUUCUAUCAUCAUCCGUGUCGCCACCGAUGAUGCUGAACUGGCCUUGGAAUCCGGCAGUACCAUUCGUAUCCGCAAGGGCGACAGAGUGGCUCUGUAUCCGGGGUUUGUACACAUGGACCCGGAGGUUUUCGACGAUCCUGAGGUAUCUAUCGUAUGAUAUGCAUUAGCUUGAUAU